UGCUGUUGGGGGGAUCCCAUUGAUAAGCGUUUGUUGUCGCUAAAUUUGGCUAAGUCGAUUUUCUCGUCAUUCUUGCAUUUUUGUUAAUUUAAAAUGUCUAACGGUCCACCAGUGAAGCGUUACCGUCGCGAAGAACGAAGUGACUCAGAAUUCUCAGAAGAUGAAGUUUCUGUAAAAGAAACGAAGGGGAUGAAGAUACAAGCUAGCCGCAUCGUCCCGUUUAGGGCAGCGAACGCAGAACCGGCGGAUCCAGGAACACCUGGAUCGUUCAUCGUUUGGGACCGGGAGUAUGUCAGUCCACCGGACCAGCGCACUUCAGGCGCUGAUGAUGAACCACUUUGCUCUGAAACUGAGAAGUAUUCGGGUCUGGCCGAUUCGCAUAGGUGCAGUCAUUGUGACGGUCGGGGUCAUUGUAUCGCUGAAUGUCGGAAACUUAAAGCUGUUCAGAGCAGGAAGGAAUGGAAUGUUGAAGAUCCUGAUUCCUCGUCGAAUACAUCGGAAGAUGAUUAAAGUGAUUGGAUUUUUGGUGUUGGUGAAAACUACAGAACGUUGAAUAUGGAACCAAGAUUGAUAUCAAGUAA